AUGGCAAGCACAUCAACAACACCCCGGACUCCGGUUCGGACUGACCCUUCCGCUGUCGCCGCAGACGCCGCAGAAACAAAGGACCAACGCAGAACGUCCUCUCUAGGCUUCCUUCGUCGCUCCAAAUCAAUUGAGCUCUUGGGUGAGAGGAGACCAUCUGCAAGCAAAAGCGGCAAGAGUAUUCCAACGGAACUGGACCCUCGCCCCCAACGCGCAUCAAUGCUGUACCAUCAACCCCCUCGUCUUCCGGAUCUGUCCCCAGCUCCGGUUCUGGAGACCUUUGGUGGCGAGUCACCCCGAGAGACUACUCCAGCCCCUCCCAGCCAGUCCCCCGCGCCCCGACCGCAGAGUGUGGCCCCCAGUACGAUGAGCACGCCGGUGAAGCCAGAGAGUAGCGAUCCAUACGCACGCGCUGAGAGCAUGGCGCACCGUGGACGUUAUAGCUAUGCGAGCAGCGCUGUUAGUUCCGUCAAUAAUCCGCGUCGUUUACGUCGGCGCAAAGACCCGACUCCUUACAAUGUUCUUGUCAUUGGCGCAAGUAAUUCUGGAAAGACGUCGUUCCUCAAGUUUCUCAAGAAGUCUCUAGAACUGCCACCAAGCAAGCACGCCGUCCGUCAGCCGAGUGGCUUGGAUGAUCAAAGGUGUUCAUCGGGAACAGGUGAAGGCUAUACUUCCUCCUACCUUGAAACCGAGAUCGACGGUGAACGCGUGGGCAUCACAUUCUGGGACUCACCGGGCUUGGAGAAGAACAUCGUCGAUAUCCAACUACGCGGAGUGACAGGGUUUUUGGAGAGCAAAUUCGAAGAAACCUUGAGGGAGGAGAUGAAGGUCAUCCGCUCACCUAACGCUCGAGACACCCACAUCCACUGUACUUUCCUGAUUCUCGACCCAGUACGAUUGGAUCAGAAUAUAGCUGCCGCUGAAAGAGCAGCACAAGGGACUCCCAGAUCAACCGACUCAACCAUCAUUGGUAUUCUGGAUGAAAGACUGGAUCUUCAAGUCCUGCGGACCAUGGUGGGGAAGACUACUGUCGUACCAGUGAUCAGCAAAGCCGACACAAUUACAGCGGCGCACAUGGCAUACUUGAGAAAGGCGGUUUGGGAUAGCCUCAAAACGGCCAAAAUCGAUCCUUUGGAGAUCUUGACCCUUGAAGACCAGGAAGAAUAUACUUCUUCUGAGAGCGAUGACGAAGAAGAGUCAACGGAGAAGGGAGGGCUCUCCAGCCCGCCGCGCUCCUCCGAACCUAGCCAGAACAUGCCCGAGUCCCAAACUGUUCCUCAGCUAAUCCCCUUCACUACCUUGGCGCCCGAUCCAUAUUCGUUGGACUCCGCAGAUGAGCCCAUCGGCCGCAAGUUCAUAUGGGGCUUUGCCGACCCUUACAAUCCAGAGCACUGCGAUUUUCUCAAAUUGAAGGAAGCUGUCUUCAGCGACUGGCGGAUCGAGCUACGGGAAGCAAGCCGUGUCGUCUGGUAUGAAAGAUGGAGAACUAGCCGCCUCAACCGUAAUACCGCCACGUCCCCGGCCCCUUCCAGAGAACUUGCGCAGAAGAAGACAUACAGUGGGAAAACUGGCCCUGAUCUUCGUCGCUUCCCGUAA